GCUCCGAUUCGAGAACCCUCGACUGUGCUGCUCAGCAGCUCGGGGCGACUCGCCGCAUUCAUCCUCCGAGAAGCAGCAACAGCAACAGCAACGACACAGCCUCACGUCUUACUCUCUCUUCUUCCAUCAUCACGGAUAAUUCACGACAGGAUGUCCUUCUACGUCGCCCCCAGUCAGCAGCGCACUCUUCGCGCUUGCAUGGUUUGUUCUCUCGUUCAGCUGCACAACAAAUUUAUGCGCGAAGGUUGUCCCAAUUGCGAUAAUGUCCUCGGUCUCCGCGGAAACAACGACGCUAUUCAGGAAUGCACGUCUCAGGUCUUCGAAGGACUUGUUACGCUCCGCGAUCCGACGACGAGUUGGGUCGCUAGGUGGCAGAGACUGGAUAGUUAUGUGCCUGGGACGUAUGCAGUGAAGGUUACGGGUUCGCUUCCCGAUGAAAUUAUCUCGAGCUUGGAAGAUUCGGGCGUGAAAUAUAUUCCGAGGGACGGUAGCACGGGCGAAGAGGAAAAUUGAGUGCUUCAGACUUCGGCUGAGAUUUGUUUAUUGCUGGCUACCUGCAUCCACGAUCAUCGGCGACUAUAUCACAGCCCAACGGCUUAUCUUUUCGGCAGGAAGGUGGUUUUCCUGCUUGCACUUUACUGGAGUUUGGGACUUGUAAUUGUACGGUAAAUGGGGUUUGCUUUGACGCAUUGCCGCUGUGUUGGGAGUUUUCUAUUUCUUUUUACGCUUACUCGGACACUUUUAAUGCCGAGGGGAUAUCUGCUUGAUACCCGGAUAGAUAGAUCAACGUUGCCUUGACGGCAUCUCAUCGUUGCUCGAUAGAUAGGUUAACAUCUAAGACAUAAAUCAUAUUGUAAAAAG